AUGUCUAACAGUCGAGAACAUGAAGUUUUAGUUAUAUGCAAGGGCAAUGCUGUAAAGAUAGGAAAAACGGAAAUAAAAAGAUUCGAAGGAACACUCUCAAGGAAUGAAACUUUGGGAGUUCUUGUCGUACCUAAUAGGAAUGGAUAUACUGAUCAAGCACUAUUAUACGCAAGAAGUUCACCGUUUAAACUACUUUUGACCAACAUAUAUGACUUGGAAUGUGACUUUUGA